UAAACAAAUUCGCGGCAACACGUGCAUUAGCUUCAUUCUAUAAUAAUUAAAUAAAAACACAUUAAACAAUGGAAUUGUUUACUGUAAAUCGUUACACCGAGGAUUUUCAUAAAACAAAAGAUGUAACUGAAAAGGCCACCAACAAUGAAGAUGAAAUACUGCAGAAAUUGCUUCAAAAGGCGGCGAAAAGAAAAAGAAAACACAAGGAAACUGAUAAAGUAGAAGAAGCCACAAAGGAAACAAUAAUUCCAGAAAAACAAACCUCAGAAACAGAGAAAGAUGAAGCACAAAAAGAGCCCGAAGAAGAAGCACAAACAGAGGAAACCCAAGAGCAGGAGGAGGAGCUGCCAUCCAAUGAGUUUCAGGUUCUGGGCGAAGAUGGAGCGGCGAGCAAGAAACGCCGGGUGGAGAUGCAGCUGCCCAAUUGGCUGGCACAUCCCACAAUCAUCGAAGGCGGUAGCCUCUUGCCCGAUGCAGAGGAGAACCAGAAUGUAGAGACCAUAGAAGAAGUUCCCUAUCUGGACAAAUCCACCUGUGCCGCGCUCAAGCAAAUGAAGAUUAAGCACCUGUUUCCCGUCCAACGACAAGUCAUUCCUUGGAUACUGGAAGCUCAAUCGAAGCCGCCACCCUUCCGUCCGCGAGAUAUAUGUGUUUCAGCGCCUACAGGCAGUGGCAAGACCCUGGCCUUUGCCAUACCCAUUGUCCAGUUGUUGUCGCAACGCGUCGAGUGCAAAGUUAGGGCUCUGGUGGUACUACCUGUGGCAGAGCUGGCUCUGCAAGUCUUUCGAGUGAUAAGUGCGCUGUGUAGUAAAACAGACCUGGAGGUGUGCCUUUUGUCCAAGCAACACAAGCUCGAAGAUGAGCAGGAGAAGCUGGUGGAGCUAUACAAGGGGAAAUACUACUCCAAGGUGGAUAUUGUGGUGACCACACCGGGUCGCCUGGUGGAUCAUUUGCAUGCCACAAAGGGCUUUUGCUUGAAGAACCUUAAAUUCCUAAUUAUUGACGAGGCCGAUCGCAUCAUGGAUGCUGUCUUUCAAAACUGGCUCUAUCAUCUGGAUAGUCAUGUGAAGGAGACCACGGAUCAGCUGCUGGCUGGCACUCAGGCUCCUCUCUGCUACGCUGAACUGGAGUCCAGCUUUGGCAGACAGCCGCACAAGCUUCUGUUCUCGGCCACUUUAUCGCAGGAUCCGGAAAAGCUUCAGAAUUUGCGCCUAUUCCAGCCACGUCUCUUUACCACUGUCUUUACAAUGCCUGUGAUGAAGGAGUUGACUGGAGAGGAGGAUGCUGAUGCUGAAGCUGAUGCAAAUGCAGAUAGUGGCCAGUUUUUGGGCAAAUACACAACGCCAGCGGAGUUGACAGAACAGAUUUGUGUGACGGAAUUGCGUCUAAAGCCGUUGACAUUGUUCGCACUGGUCCAAAAGUACCAAUGGAAGCGAUUCCUUUGCUUCACCAACAGCACAGAUCAGGCCAAUCGCUUGGCCUUUGUACUGGAGACGCUUUUCAAGAAAACUAACAUCAAAGUGGCCGAAUUAUCGGGCAAUCUUUCGGCAAGUGUGAGAAAUCGAAACCUAAAGGACUUUACCAGUGGCAAGGUUAACGGCCUAAUCUGUUCGGAUGCCUUGGCUCGUGGUAUCGAUGUGGCUGACAUCGAUGUUGUGUUAUCCUACGAGGCGCCGCGACACAUCAAGACACACAUUCAUCGUGUGGGACGUACCGCUCGUGCUGGUAGAAAGGGAACUGCUGUCACUUUGCUCACCGAACAGGAUCAGCCGAAAUUCAAGAAAAUGCUCAACGAUGUGGGCAAAGCUAUGGGCGAGGAGAUACAAGUCCCCGAUAUGGAGGUGGAGUAUGCAGCUGUGUACAAGCACGCUCUAGCCUCUCUACGCUAUCGCCAGGAGACACAAAAGGCCCAAAAGAUGGUCCAGAAGCGACGUACGGCCCAUCAAGCGAUGGCACACAAGAAGCCGGCACAACCCACAGAUCGUCCGCUGACGCUCAUGGAGAAGCUGCAGCUGAAGGCGAGUGGUGUCGAGGAUGACCUAAAGACCAAUGCCAAACCGAAAUCAAAGGAGAAGCAGAACCAACCGCGAGAGACCAAGAAACAGAAAAUAGCCAAGAAACGUAAGGCCAUUGAGGAGUAG